CCUUCUUCUUUGGUUCCUCCGCUUCCUUGCCCUUUAUUAUCCCUCCAUUCCCCUCUUCUCAUUCUGCAGAUUCCUGCAGCUGUGCUUCUAUGCUGAACGUCGCCCGCAAGACAUUCAAACGAGUCCCCAGCUUUCAGGACCUCUUACAAGGCAGAAUGACCCACCCCGACAUUUCUGUUGACGUUCUCGUCAUUGGUGCUGGCCCAACUGGUUUGGGUGCCGCCAAGCGUUUGAACCAGAUUAAUGGCCCCUCGUGGAUGAUUAUCGACUCAAACGAGACCCCCGGUGGUUUGGCUUCCACUGAUGUUACCCCCGAAGGUUUCCUCUACGAUGUCGGCGGUCACGUUAUCUUCUCCCACUACAAGUACUUCGACGACUGCAUCAACGAGGCCCUCCCCAAGGAGGAGGAUUGGUACACCCACGAGCGUAUCUCCUACGUUCGCUGCCAGGAGCAAUGGGUUCCCUACCCCUUCCAAAACAACAUCUCCAUGCUGCCCAAGGAGGAGCAGGUGAAGUGCAUUGACGGCAUGAUCGAUGCUGCUCUCGAGGCCCGUGUUUCCAACACCAAGCCCAAGGAUUUCGAUGAGUGGAUCGUCCGCAUGAUGGGUACUGGUAUUGCCGACCUCUUCAUGAGACCCUACAACUACAAGGUCUGGGCCGUUCCCACCACCAAGAUGCAAUGCGCUUGGCUCGGUGAGCGUGUCGCUGCCCCCAACGUCAAGGCCGUGACCACCAACGUCAUCCUCAACCGGACCGCCGGUAACUGGGGUCCCAACGCUACUUUCCGUUUCCCCGCCCGCGAUGGUACCGGUGGUAUCUGGAUUGCUGUUGCCAACACUAUCCCCAAGGAGAACACCCGCUACGGCCCCAACAACAAGGUCGAGAAGGUCAACGCCUACAACAAGACCGUCACCCUCGCCGAUGGCACCACCAUUGGUUACGGAAAGCUGGUCUCCACCAUGGCCGUCGACUACCUCGCCGAGGCUAUGAACGACACCGAGCUCAUGCCCCUCACCAAGCAGCUCUUCUACUCCUCCACCCACGUUAUCGGUGUUGGUAUCCGUGGUGCCCGUCCCGACCGCAUCGGCGACAAGUGCUGGCUGUACUUCCCCGAGGAUGACUGCCCAUUCUACCGUGCCACCAUCUUCUCCAACUACUCCCCCCACAACCAGCCCGAGGCCUCCAAGAAGCUGCCCACCCUUCAGCUCGCUGACGGCUCCAAGCCUAAGAGCACCGAGGCUCAGGACGGUCCUUACUGGUCCGUCAUGUUGGAGGUUUCCGAAUCUUCCAUGAAGGCUGUCAACAACGAGACCCUCCUUGCCGAUUCUAUCCAGGGUCUCGUCAACACCCAGAUGCUCCAGCCCGGUGAUGAGAUUGUCUCCACCUACCACCGCCGCUUCGACCACGGUUACCCCACCCCCACCCUGGAGCGUGAAGGUGCCCUCACCCAGAUUCUCCCCAAGCUCCAGGAGAAGGGUAUCUGGUCCCGUGGCCGCUUCGGCAGCUGGCGCUACGAGGUCGGCAACCAGGACCACUCCUUCAUGCUCGGUGUCGAGGCUGUUGACAACAUUGUCAACGGUGCCGUUGAGUUGACCCUCAACUACCCCGACUUUGUUAACGGUCGCCAGAACACCGAGCGCCGCUUGGUCGACGGUGCCCAGGCUUUCGCCAAGAAGUAGUAGAUAAUUCCCCCUUAUUUCUUUUUAACUUGUCCCACCAUUCUUGUCUGAAGUGAAGGGUUCUUUUUUUUUCUUCCAUUUUUUGAUACAAUUGAAACGAGCUCAUACCGUCAUGGAAAAUUAUACACAAGAGAGCAUUUGAAGCGGCAUCUGGAAGACGAUCGAUCUUUGUUGGCGUUUCAUCUUGUUACUUAACACCGUCCGACCCUCUUCACCUCAUCAUCUACCUACUACUCCCUCUUCCAUUAGCCGAUAGCCGGGACUUGCUUUUGAUACACUUUGUUAGACUGCCUUGACAUGUGCAAUUGCUCAUUUUUAAUUUAUUCAGUUGACCGAUGAACCUCUGCCCUUUUCAAGUAAAAUGCACUCGCAAUCUUCAUUGGAAAAUAACUAGCACGUGACUGACUUUGUUCCACGUGACCCAUGCCACACCGCAGCCUCAGGUUCCUCACCAGAAGUUCUAAAAAGUUCAGUCAAGCCAUCCGAGAGACAACCUUGGAAAUAUCCAAACCAAGCAGAUCUCACCCUAUAUGAGCAGAGAGUUUCGUGGCAUUUCUCAUCCAACCUCGACACCACCCCACCAACUACCAACACUCGCCACAGUGCAGAUCACCAACCAGACAAUCACUAACCCACACACACCGCAAAUGCCUCUCCGAGCCAUGUCCAUCCAUGAACCCAGAAACCCAAACUCCCCGAAUCACAGACCCCUGGGUUCAACACGAUCAAUCUACCGACAAACGCUGUCUCAGCGCCAUCAACCACACACGGAAAUUACCCGGAAUACAAAGCAGUUCAAGGUUAUUCUACGCGGUGGCGUAGUGGAUCCGCGCGCAGAGAACGCGGGUCAAUCGUGAACCAAUCAUAUCGAGGAUCAAACAUGUACACUCUAAACGGGAUUUCCUGCAGGCAAAAGCAAAAAAAGAAUUCCGAGUAAGCAAAGUGCAUAAGCACAAUGCGAAGUGACGUAGGCCGGGGAUUUCAGACCAUUCUCGUGGUGAGAUGUGUCAAUGGUUAAAGGGCACUGCCGGGGCCGCGUCAGAUCUGGAGGCAGCCAGGUUUGUGGUUCUUCUCCACUGAACUAUUGAUAGAUUUGGGUUGCCGAUAUCGUUGUUUCAGAUGUGAAUUGUUUACUGACAUUCUAGAUCGCUUCUUUUGCAUUUUAACGUGAGACAUUGUAGUCUGGACCGAAGCCUGGGGGGGGGGGUUGUUUUUGAUAUUUCUUGUGGUAUGUUGGUCUGGAACUGCUUAUGUGUGAGGCUGGUUCAAUAUCUC